AUGACGAUUGUGAUGAGACAAAGAAGAGUAAGAACACGAACGAAAAACGUGUUCGUGAGAUUGAUAAAUUCCACGCGAACACGAUGUUACCAAAUUAAACGCUCCUCUGAUUCUUCUGAUGAGGAUGACGAUGAUGAGUUAGAGAGAUUGAAAAGCAUGGUGGAAAAGCGCGAAGGGAUCCCACGGGAAAAGCAAUCGUUCCUCGCCCUGGAAAAGGAUGAUUUUAAAGAAGAAGAACGCAAAGAAGAAGAGGACGAUCGAAACGGAGGAAAAGGAACGCGCGAUGAGACCUUGACGACGAAAAGAACGAGGACGACAUCAUCGUCGGUGAUAACAAAGACGACGAGAAGAAGACAAAGAAGAAGAAGAAUCGAAGAAAACCAAACGUACCAGUUGUUCCUUAAAAAAGGCCUCCGAGGAGGCAAAGGCGGAUUCGGGACGUUACUUCGAUCCACGGGGAAGAAAAAAGGGAGGAACGCAGAACCGAACAACGACAUGUGUCGAGAUUUGAAAGGACAAAGGUACCACGUCUCGGAAAACGCGCGGAAAAUGGAGAAAUGGACAAAGGAGGAAAGCUUAAGAGAGGAAGAGGCGUUGGCGUUGAAGUACAUCGAGGAGCGAACGGGAGAGAAGGCGAGGAAGAGAGCGAAAAUGGAGAAGGAGGAAGAACGGUUUAGGAAGGAUUCGGAAGAGGUGAAGGAGAGGAUGGAAGAGGCGAUGAAAGUGGCGACGACGAAAACGAUUCAGACGACGGUCGAGAAGGGUAGAGUUCGGGACGACGAGGAGGAGGACGAUUCAGACGACGAAGAGGACGAGGACGAUUUCCGACGAAAAAAGAAGAAGAGGACGACGAACGAGAGCACUACAGAAGAAGAACAAAUAGAAGAAGGAAAAGAGGAGGAUAGAAAAGUCAUCAAAGUGGCAAAAGCGAACGACGAGAAAGAAUUUCCCGUCGUGGGGGCGGCGCCGAUGUCGUCGAACUCGUCGCCUCCAAAACAGGAAAACUUUGAACCAAUCGAUUUGCACGACAUAAACGUGGCGCAAGAAUUGGAGCGGUUCGGUUUAGAUCAUUUAAAAAUAGAGUUGACGCGUCAAAAUUUGAAGUGUGGUGGUUCUUUAGAAGAACGCGCGAAUCGUUUGUUUCUUCUCAAAAUGACCCCGUUCGAGGCGAUUGAUAAAAAGCACAAGGCGAUGAAAAAGAAAUGA